UCCCACUCCCCAAUUACACCCCUCUUUUCUCUCCUCCAUUCUCAUCCACUUGAAAACCUGUUUUUGCCCUCUAAAAUUUCAACACAAAGACAUCAAAUUACGAACCCCCCAUUUCCAAUCAAACUUAUUGCUUCUUCUUUCACCUUUCACGUUUCUUGGAUCUUUCUUCAAGUCUCAGACAAACCCCACUUUCAAGAUUCCCCUUUUCUUCCAAACAAAACAUCCCUUUUCCAUUUUCUUGGGUUUUCUUGGCCUCAAUCUUGUGAAUCACCAAGUGGGUGUUCUUAAAGAUUUGACCUUUUGUGGGAAAAAAGUCAAAUCUUUGAUGUGGGUAAGGUUGAUUUAGUGUGUGUGUGUUUGAUGUUGGAGCUGAUUGUGGUUCCACAGAAAUGGGGAAAGAAGGAGAGAAAGAUGAGCAUGAAGAGAGUGGGGAUGAGAGGGAAAGUGAUGGUAAUUUGAAGAGGGUUGAGAGUGAGUCUUCUUUGUAUGAAACAGAGGAUGAAGGGGAAGAUGCAGAGGGUAAUAAAAUCCAGUUGGGUCCUCAGUGCACCCUCAAAGAACAGUUUGAGAAAGACAAGGAUGAUGAGAGCUUGAGAAAGUGGAAGGAACAGCUUCUUGGAAAUGUUGAUAUCAAUGAUGUUGGAGAAGCACUGGAACCAGAUGUGAAGAUACUUAGCCUUUCAAUCUUGUCUCCAGGGCGAUCUGACAUUAAACUUGCGAUCCCUGAAGAAGGUGGCAAAAUUGAAGGCCGUUGGUUUACUCUGAAAGAAGGCUGUCGUUACAGCCUCAGGUUCGAGUUUAAAGUCAGCCAUAACAUCGUUGCAGGCCUCAAGUACACCAACAACGUCUGGAAAACUGGUGUCAAAGUGGAUAGUGCAAAAGAGAUGCUUGGAACCUUUAGUCCUCAAUCCGAGCCAUACGCCUAUGAGAUGCCGGAGGAGACUACCCCGUCUGGCUAUUUUGCACGAGGCUCAUACUCUGCUAAAACCAAGUUUGUUGAUGAUGACAACAAGUGCUAUUUGGAGAUCAGCUAUACAUUCGACAUCCGAAAGGAUUGGGCGAACGACUGAAUAGAGAAAAGACGAUCGUUUUUUCAUAGUCUGAUGUUAGAAAAGCUCGAAAGAAUGUUUGGGUUUAUAGUGUGAUAUUUAGGCGAAUUCAAUUGUAGCGUUGAUGACAUAAGCCGUUGAGCGAAAGACUCGGGUUUUUUUUUUCCUUCGUGUUUUUUGUGGUCGGAUUAAUCCUCAAUAAAGAGGGGGAUUAAGGUUAGAUGUUCCUAAUUCCCUCUGUUUUUUCAAGAUUUAUUUGAAAUUUCAUU